AUGGCCGAGUUCGUCAUCGCGCGCUACGACGAGCCGCUCGGCUGGCUCUCUGAGCUCGAGCCGGCGGCGGUCACCGUCUACAACAAGGGCGACGGCCCGUGCGGCGGCGGCGGCGCUCGCUUUGCCGAGGUGCGCUGCCCCAAUGUGGGACGCGAGGGCGAGGCGUACCUGCGCCACAUCCUCGACCGCUACGAGAGCCUGCCGACCGUCACGGUCUUUGCGCAGGCCGACAUCACCGACCACCUCGCCGCCUGGACCGCCUUCGGAACCCGGUGGGGCGGCGCCCGCUUCCGCACCAAGGGCGACUUUUUGCGCCACCUCGCCGCGCAGGCCGCCGCAGAGGGCAUUUCCGAGCCGACCGAGGUGUUUCC